UUAUGGUCUCAUAUUCCAGACAAGUCAGAUCUAAGACUCUUUGGGAAACGCUCAUUUAAUUGGAAAUAUUGGACUGUCAUUAUUAUCUGACUUUGAUCCAGUUCAUGAAUAAAUUGCUGUUAAAAUCUGCUUUUCAUAUUGUCACCUUAGAUGAGGUUGGAAAUCAAGCACCGAGACCUAAAUUACAGUGAUUAGCCUAAAUUAGAUGCUAUUAAUUUAACAUUUUACACUAUAUUUUCAACCUGACAGGUCCAUGCCGCCCUGUCCAUUUACUUGCCAAGCGUAUAGUGUCUCAAAACCUUGUGAACUGCUUACAGCGUCAUGAUGUCCAACAAAAAAGUAUGCUGCCUUUCGAAAAAUAUGCUUAUCAACUAAAAUGUGAUGCAUAAACAUACUAUACGCGCUCAUUAUGUAUAUAAAUGUUUCAUUCAUCUAUGACGCCACGAAAACCGUGAGACACAAUGACGCUUCAAUGCUCAAGGUGCGCAGCAGAGAGUCUCGCGCACUGAGCGCUAUAAAUACAGCAGCGCGCGCGGAUUACGCCACACAUCUCGCGCUUCUCUGCGUGUUUUAAUCAGACUAUAGCUACUACAACACUAUUAAUAUCACUCAAUGUGUGUAUUAAGAUUACAAAAACACUUUUAUUCGAACUGGAAUACGUUUUUUCUCCCUCAGGAAUAAGUAUUAAGACUCUCCAGACUGAAUGGAUGAUGGGAGCCUGAUAUCGCCUUUCGAUUCUCAAGGACUGUUUGUUUAAUUUUUCCGCCUGGGUUAUUAAAUGUUAUAAGAUGUACAGGUGGAGUGAUGCUGCUUUGGAUAUUCUGAAACGCGUCUCAAAUGCGAUGUGUCUCUAAGGUCAGUGGUGCUCGUCCCAUAGCCUGGAGAUGUUGGCCAUCAAACACUGCAACGGUUCAGACGUUGUGGAAGCGUUCAGAAAUCAGACCCAGGAGAUGUUUGUGGUGGAACCGCUGCGCUGCAAGGAAAACCUGAACUCCACAACCAACCCCACGGCGGCGGGCCUGUCCAUGACACUGGGCAUCGUGUCCAACAUCAUAGCUCUGGUCAUCCUCGCUAAAGCGUACGCUCGCCUGCGGAAGCGCUCAAAAGCCACGUUCCUGCUGUUUGCCAGUUGUCUGGUGGCAACGGACCUUGCCGGUCAUGUUAUUCCAGGUGCCCUGGUUCUGCGCCUCUACACUGCCGGGGGAAUUUGUAACCAUCCUGAUGCCACCUGCCAUUUCUUGGGCGGCAGCAUGGUGUUCUUCGGCCUGUGCCCGCUGUUUCUCGGGUGUGGCAUGGCGGCCGAGCGGUGCAUGGGUGUGACAUGGCCUCUCCUGCAUGCCCGCGUGGUUUGCACUGCACGCACUAAGGUGGUGCUGGUGAUAAUAUGGUUUGUGGCUUUAACAGUAGCACUGCUGCCCUUCUUUCGGCUGGGCUCAUAUACCUACCAGUACCCAUGGACCUGGUGCUUCAUUAGAGUGUUAGGCAAUACAAGCAUCGCAGACGAAACACCCCCGACCCUCACAGAUGUGGUGUUUGUGCUGCUCUUUUCUGGACUGGGACUGGCCUCGCUGGCCGUGGCACUGGUUUGCAACACUGUCAGCGUGAUGACGCUGGUCAUCGCCCGCCUCCGCAGGAAGAAAUCAGCUAAAGCUCAGCGCAGAUCAGCUAAAUCGCAUGACAUUGAGAUGGUGGCACAGCUGGUGGGCAUUAUGGUCACUUCUUGCAUCUGCUGGAGCCCUCUGCUGGUCUUCGGUCUGAUGUCAGUCAUCCGCUCGUACAGAGGCUCUAUGGGGAACGAUCUGGAAACCUACAGGACUUUAAUGGUAAUGGGUGUGCGCCUGGCCUCCUGGAACCAGAUUCUGGACCCUUGGGUUUAUAUUCUUCUACGCCGGGCCGUCCUCAGAAAGAUUUACCGCUUAACCACCGGCCGCAGUGACCUUAGGGGGAGCACAUUCCGGCGGUGGGAGAUCAGCUCCUUCCAGAACUCGGUGAAGAACGCAAUUAAUCUGAACUGAUGAAGAGAUUCCAGAAGAGUGUGAGUUCUUCCACAUGGAAAAAAUUGGAAAUGUUUGAACCAAAUCGCUGAAGUGUAACUGAAAGCAGAUGUAAGAUCCUACUGUAUUGCUUGAAUGGUGGAUGAAGGAGCAUCUUACUGGAAGUUGUAAAGCGAGGCUCUGGAAAAAACACAGACUCUUUAAUAAGCUUUAAUUGAGCACAGUGGGGUUCUGGAAGUCAAAAUCCCAUUCAUUUUCUCCAUAAGGAGAUGGACGUUAGCAACAAUAUAGUCUAUAAAUCUUUUAAGACAGUUGUUGGCACAAUUCAUCAUCAAUGACUCAUUGUCAAUCAUUUCAUAUAAUACCAUUGUGUGUUAUUAUUUAUUAUUUAUUUACAUCUUUCACAAUGCUUCAUGUGAUGAGUAAUUAAUUCCCUCAUAAUAUAAUAGUCUUGUGCCUUUUCUUUUUUGCUCUAGUUCAAAGUUUGUAGUGUUGAUUGAAAUUUCUGGAAGGCUUAUGGAGAAAAUGUGUGGGAAAAGUGGGGAAAAUAUUUCUGGAACCAAGGGUGUGAAAAAAUAGGCAGUCAUUGGUCACUUUUGCAGUCUGGAAAGUGAGUCUGCUAACUGAGAAUGUGAAAUGGACUGCAUACAUGACCUCCUCAUGUCACCUGCAUUAUUUUACCAUUUCAAAUGUUAAUGAAGGAUUGAAGAUGGGGAUUCAGAGGACGAGCAAAUAAAAGAAGUGUUGUGUGGGCCUGCGUGCUAUUUAGCAAUUGUUACUUUCAGGACAAACAAGCACCAUCUCGGUGAAUCAUCAUAAUAUAAUAAGAGUGACUUCACCAAAAAGUUUUUUUUUGUUUGUUUAAGAGCAGGAUUUCGUAUUGUCCAUUGCACUAUAUUAUUUCUAUUUCAUACAAUAUAUAAAAGUAAAAUAAUGAAAAUACUGCAUCACUACAGCCUAAAAGUUGAACUUUUACAUGUGCAUGGCAGUUUCAGUGUUCUUGUAGACCUAUCUGUAUAUUUGUGUCUUGUCCUGUAUUUGUGAUCUUGAAAAGCUAAGGAAUAGUCUAUAAAAGCUAUUGAUAUAUUAUUUUGACCAAUAAAGGUUCACUUGUGGAAGAGUU